UAUAUUUGUUGAAGCAGCUAGCCUUAAUUUGCUGGCAGAGAAAAGACUCACAUGGCAAAGCUAAUUGACUUUAUCUUCAUCAUCUUAUUUCUGCACAAAGUCCCCACGAGUUGCCAAGGCCAUCAUCUCCGGCACCGGCGUCCGGGAAACAGAGCAGCCCUAUUCAUAUUCGGUGAUUCUGUACUGGAUCCCGGCAACAACAAUUACAUCAACACCUCCACUCUCGAUCAAGCAAAUUUCUGGCCCUACGGAAUCACUUACUUCCACCGCCCCACCGGGCGAUUUUCCGACGGUCGUCUCGUGUCCGAUUUUAUCGCGGAAUACGCGAAGCUGCCACUCAUACCUCCGUUUCUGCAACCAGGCAACUGCCAAUUUUACGACGGAGCGAACUUUGCAUCCGCCGGAGCUGGUGCUCUGGUGGAAACUUUUCCUGGGCAGGUGGUGAAUUUGGGAACACAGCUGAAGUACUUUAAGAAGGCAGAGAAGGUGUUGAGAGGGGAGAUGGGGGAUGGUGCAGCCAAGACAAUAUUAUCAGAUGCGGUCUACCUGGUUAGCAUUGGUAACAACGAUUACAUAAGCCCUUUCUUGACCAAUUCCUCUCCUCCUCUGCUCUCUUAUUCUAAAUCCCAAUUUGUUGCAAUGGUGAUUGGCAACUUGACCACUGUUGUCAAGGAAAUAUACAAGAGUGGAGGAAGGAAAUUUGGGUUCCUCAAUGUGGGGCCAUUGGGUUGUCUUCCAGGCCUAAGGAUACUCAAACCACACAACAAUAAGGGUGGCUGCUUAGCAUCAGAAACUUCUAAGCUGGGAAAACUGCACAAUGAAGUCCUCUCCAAACUUCUCCCCAAACUACAUCACCAGUUUCAGGGAUUCAAAUAUUCCCUCCUUGACGUCCACAGCGGUCUCCUUGAAAGAAUGAAUAACCCCUCUAAAUACGGUUUGAAGGAAGGGAAAAGCGCGUGCUGUGGGAGUGGGCAAUUUGGAGGAGUGUUUAGCUGUGGAGGAAGGAGACCAGUGAAGAAGUUUCAUCUUUGUGGGGACGUGAAUAAGCAUCUGUUUUGGGACUCCUACCAUCUUACUGAAAGGGUUUAUCGUCAAUUAGCAGAUCAAAUGUGGAGUGGAAAACAGAAAGCCAACCCAAAUGAUAUGCCAGGGUUUUACAAUCUCGAGGAGCUAUUUCGUUAAUUAAUUCAUCCAUUUGAAUAUGUGGAUUGUGGACCCUGUUUUUUAGCAUCAAAUAUAACAUAAUCAAAUAAGAAUUUAAUCAA